CCGGUGUGUGAGCGCCGCGACGCCUAGAACAGCAUUAUCGUCGCCGGAGUUUUCGUUGCCGUCGUCAUCGUCGUCAUCAUCGUUGUCAUUCUCCUCAUCAUCGUCGUUCCCAUCGGCGUGGAUUUGGCGACGAUUCUACGUUUCCCCUCGUUCCUGUCAUCGUCGUCGUCAUCGUCGUCGUCGUCGUCGUCAUCGUCGUCGUCGUCGUCGUCGUCGUCGUCGUUGUGGUCGUUCUCGAUCGAGCGCCGUCUGUCCUCGUCAACUCCGUGAUCACCGUUUCAACGUCGUUUACAUCGUUGUCAUCAUCAUCGUCAUCAACUCGCUGCUCUCGUGGUGCUGGCACUAUUCGGGAGGCACGCGACUAUCCCGAGCGGUUUCCGUGCGCGAGUCGCAGUCGCCGCGGGAAGAGAGAGACGGGACGAGUGCAGUACUACCACCUCGUUCCUCCCCCCCUUUCUCCAUCACCUCUCUCGCUCAAUCUGUCUCCUCUGCACCUUCGCUCUUUCUCCUCCCACUCUCCCUCAUCGCCUCUCUCUGUCUCUUUCUCUCUCUCUUUCUCUUUCUCUGUAUAUGCACGCUCUCGCCCUCUGCUGUACCCCUUGCCGCCACCAUUGCCGUCGUCGUCGUCGUCUUCGUCGCCGAUCUCGUCGCUCUCUCUCGUUCCCACGAUCACGCUCGCCCUUCGCACAACAACGCCACGCCGCUCGUACCGUGCACCGUGCUCGGCCACCGUACCACCGUCGCCGUCUUCUCCUCGACUCCGCUUUCGGCUCACGUGCUAAGCUACACGGACACACGGCGCACCUACUACGAAACAGAUCUCGAUUUCACGUUCCGCAAGUUCUCCCGUCGUCCGUCGCCCCGAUCUCUCUCUCGACGUCGAGAGACGACGGCCGCGCAGCAGGGGCGAGUGCAACGGCGAGCGAGAGCGCAAAGGAUAGAGAGGAGGAGUGAGUCCGAAGGAGCGAGAGGGAGAGAGAAAGAAAGAGGGGAAGACUGGGAUACGCGACGCACAGAAGAGGACGAAGGAUGGUGUAGACGCCGUGGCGUCGUGUCCGUCGUGCCCGCGGGACCUCCGAGGUGGACAUUCGUGUAAGAAAAUGUACUCGCGUGACGGUCCUUAAACCUCGCCUGAAGCGUGCAUUCUCGUGUAUAGAGAGGGUACGACAGAAACAGGAGUGGGAGAGAGAGGGAGAGAGAGAGAAAGAGAGAAGCCGGGGCGCCUGUUACCGGCAGGGAGGGCGUUAGAGCGAGAACGCGGGAAAACAGGGAGAGAGGAGAGAAAGAGAGAUAGCGAGAGAAAGGGAUAGUCGGUGGCGAGCGGGGAGAGAUAGAGGGGUGGCUGGGAGGGGAACAUACGACAGAGAAGAUAACGAUGCUCGAACGUGAUGCUAUGCACGUCCGCGAGGGUUGUUCCGAACGACGACGGGCUCGCUCUACAUCCCGCAGGCUACUGUCGACUGCAACGUAAUCGUCCCACGAGUUCGCCCUCGGCCUCACCAUCGCCGGUCCAUCAUCGUACCUGCAUUGUCGCCCGCGCUGCAAGAUGAACGAACGAUCCGAGGGGGAGUACGUAGUGCGUACGGCGCGCUGUAAGACGACGAGAUGAAAUCGCGCGGUGUUAUUAACCGGAAGAUUCGAAUCGAUUCGCGUCGCGUCGAGUAAUCCCCGAUGGUGGUGGUGCGCGGCUUGAUAAUCAUGAUAAGUGAGCGCGUUCUUAUCGCGACGUUAAUGAAACACGUGUGCGAGACGCGCGUGUGAUCGCGCGCAUCGAUUUGACUGGCCGCACCGGAUCCCACGUGUACAAGCACGGACGCAUCCUUCGAGGAGCAGAUCGCUCUCCAGUGACCGAUUACGUUACAUUACAACUCCGCUGCUACGCGUCGUAUGGUUUCAGAAUGAAUACGACGAUGAUCUACAACGGUGCGGCAAGCACCGUAGCUUAUGAUAUCGAAAGACUCAGUAAGGAGAUCAAUGGCAGCGACAGCGAUCUUGAUGUUUCGCCAGUGACCUUGUCAUCGGCCUGGUCCAGAGUGGCCCGACUCUUGCUGCUGGCUUCGCUCGCCGUCGGCGGGAGUGUGGGUAAUGUCUUCAUGAUAUCCGCCGUGGUAGUGGAGGAUCAGCUGAACAAGCGAGGAAACGCAUUCCUCGUGAACGUGGCGCUGGCGGACCUGCUGGUGACUGGCCUGGUAAUACCGGUCUCGGUGAUCGUAAUCCUGGCGGGCUAUGCAGAGUCCCUGAGUGCCUGCCGAUUCGAGUGGACCCUCGAGGCUCUUUGCUUCCUGGUGACCGUACUAACGUUGGCCGCAAUCGCCGCCGAAAAUUACGGACGUCUGUGUCUGCCUGCCGAAAGAUACGCUAAUCUGACGGCGGGUCGUGUAACAGGCACGAUCAUCGUCGUCUGGGUGAUCGCUGUGACUGUGGUGGCCUUGCAAUCGUCCUUGGACAUAGGUCCUGACUUUUGCCGUCGCAAACUCAGCGGGUCGCAGAUCGCGAUGGAACAAGCGGUGGGAGCAAGCGUGUUGGUUGGGCUGCCAGCUUUGAUGACCAUCUUCUUUUACGUGAAGCUGGUGAUACGUGUGCGAAGGGCCACGCGGGGCUCGUACAAGCCGCCGGCCGCCUUCUCCUGGGACUACGAGCUCACGAAGACGAAUAUGUGCAGCUGCGUGAUGUUCGUCGUGUUCUGGUUGCCGUUCGGCCUGGCGGUCUGCGUGAAUUCCUUCAUACCGGUCAGCACGCGUGUGCUCUACAAUCUGGCCUGGUUCGCCCUGUCCAAGUCCUGCUUCAACAAUCUGCUCUACUGCGUGGCGGACCGCCACUUUCGCAGCGCUUACGUCAAGCUUUUUCACUACUGCUGCUGCAAGACCACGGUGAGCUUCUCGAGGAGGCCGCGCGGUGGUGAGGGUAGAAAUUCUAGCGACGUGCGCCUCCGAGUGCACAUUAUUCACUCGUACGCGAGUCCGUCGUCCUGUCGUCCGGCUGUGGCUAGACCGAACGGACGUGACGUCUACGAGCUUUAGAUGCGACGCGACGCGAUGCGAUGCGACGCACGUACAGGGUGCAGAAAGCAGGGAAGGGGGAACGCCGAUAAGGAUGUCCUCGUCGCAACCUGUCCAGACGCUCAUUAUGCAAUGAGCAAUCCGCUUUUGCGAGAUCGGGCAGUCAUUGCAUUGACGUACAAACGAUACCGCACCGGAAUUAAGUACUUCCGGUAAAUGGCCUUACAAGAAAUUCAUUUAAUUCUCAUGGCUUGUCCUUCGAUAUUUGCUUUUUCCUAAAUUAUUUUUGCAUUACGUACUUUACUUGGUUUUUAUAAGCAUGCCAGCAACGAGAUCUUUUAAAUAGAAUUAAUUUCUGGACAAUUGAAAGAGCAUAUAUAUUAUCGUAUCAGAGCAUAAAUAUAGUGUAUUUACGAGUGUAUGUUUUUUAUCCUCUGAUUAUAUUUACAACUGGAUAUGUUAUUUGUUGACAAUUUAUAUAAAAUGUUUUUAUUUUCCAUUAACGUGUAUAAUAGCUCUUACUAUUUCGUAACUACUAUUUUCGGCCGAUCCUAUUUCGUAACAAAAAAAAAACACAAUAAAGGACCUAAGGAAUUGGCA